UUCUACAAGCAUUAGUUCAGUUCGACAACUCCUCGAAGCUUGAAGCUUCUCUUGCGCAUCCACACACACACACACAGACACUGUGUAGUUAACAGGUGUACAAAGCUGCGUGUGUUCGAUAUUUGGAUAGUGCCUUAUUCCCUGUUUAGCAACAUUUUUCCAACUACUGCCUUUACGAUGGUGCACAAGACGCUGUUGCUCUGUGCAUUCCUGGGCCUUGCUAGUGCAGCCCGGCUCGACAACCUGUACGGUGCUCCGGCCCCAAGCGCCUCCUUCCAGGGUGGUGCCGGUGACGGCAACCUCCUGAAUGCUCCGCGCCAGUCGCCAGCCAACCAAUAUCUGCCUCCGUCCGCGCAGGGACAGCAGGGCUACCCGUCGGUGGCACCGUUGGGCCAGCAGGGCCAGCAGCAGUCCGGCUUCAACACGUACAAUCCGCAACCUUCCGGACCGGGAUCGUAUCCAGGCUCGGGCAGCGCCCCGAGCGGACCGGCCGGUGGAAGCUUCCAGGGCACGAACUACCAGCAAACGACUCCCAUCCCGAUUCUGCGCUACGAAAACGUCAACAACGGUGACGGCAGCUAUCGAUUCGACUAUGCCACCGGCAACGGUAUUCAGCACCAAGAGGAAGGCUUCCUGCGCAACCUAGGCCCGGAAAAGUCAGAACAGGUCGUGUCGGGCGGCUACUCGUACACCGCUCCCGACGGUCAGCUCUACAGCGUCCAGUACAAGGCGGACGCGAACGGAUUCCAGCCCGUCGGUGACCAUCUGCCAACGCCACCGCCACUGCCUCAAGCGCUGCAAGAAGCGUACGAUCUCCACGCUCGACUGCAUGCCGAAGCUGCCGCCCGGCCCCAGAACCCCGCCUACCAGGAACCGCAGGCCCAGUACGGUGCGCCCCAGGGUGGAUCCCAGCAGCAGAGCUCGUACUACCCGCAGCAGCCUCAGCAGCAGCAACAGCCCCAGUACCACCACCAGCAGCAGCCGCAGUACCAGCAACCGCAGCAACCACAGUACAACCAGCAGCAGACGCCCCAGUUCAGCUCGCCGAACGCCAUCCAAGGUUACCCGUCGGCACCGGCCAACCAGUACCUGCCACCGGCCAAGCGGCAACAGGGCUUCAAUCCCAACAGUGGCUACACUUACUAGAACCCUGCGCUGCCUGCAUUCUAUCGAUUUCAGUAUUUAUUUGUGCUCCCCAAACAAACAAACAAAAACCCGAACUCACACGCUAAUAAACCAGUGGUGCUGCUAAGAUACAUGCGCGCGCGGCACACACACAACCAUUGAAGGUGAAACCCUUCAAACCUCGAA